UACGACUAUGCUACGGCACGAGUUAAUGAACAACAAACAGUCCCCGGAUGUCGCUCUCUUUUUCAAAAUCCACCGAACAAGAAGGACGUUUUUCAUCGACAGCCAAAAAAAAAACAAAAUCAGACAUCAUCGUUGCCAUCCUUUAGGACAAUGCCACCGGUUAGGACCAGACCAAACACCCGAGCAUCUCGGAAAAGAAGAGAGAGCAUCGGAACGCCCGCUAGAGGGAAAGGGAAGCGGUGCAAACAAAGCAUCCCGGUGCCCCCUCCACCACCACGCGGUCCACCCCAAGACCAGCCACUACUGCCUUACGUAUCUGAAGAAGAGAUACCUUCAUCAUCUACAUUAGACCCUAACACCACGCUAGAGCUGGUGGGGCAGAUUCAGGCGACUGGCACCCCAAGCAGACCCGUCCGCAGUUCCACUGCCACACGACAUCUGGCAAAUCUAAAGCUGGAGGCAGAUCGACUUCUUCACAGAUCAUUAGCACCAUCUACACAGCAAGCAUAUUCGGCUGCGCUUAACAAAUUCCACAAUUUUCUUGUUGAGUUCCAUUUCCACCCAUUUUGGCCAGUCCCAGUCACACAGUUACUACAUUACAUUGGGCACCUUUCACUGCAAAACAUGUCUUACAGGACUGUAUCACUUUAUCUAAAUGCCAUCGCCUACAAGCAUAAAAUACAUGGCCUUCAAGAUACAACCAAAUGUUUCGUUGUUACCAAAACCCUUGAAGGACUGCGUAGGUCAGCAGGCGUAACCAAGGAUAUCCAUAUUCCUAUAUCCUACGAACUUUUCUGCCGAAUUACCCACUCCCAACCCAAUGUAUGUAGGUCUGCAUAUGAGUCCGCAUUAUUAUCGGCGGCAUUUACCAUCACUUAUUAUGGUUUGCUGAGAGUUUCUGAAACAAUUGCACUACAGCGCUCUGACAUUACUAUUGUGCAUCACAGCCUUUGUCAAAUUAUCAUACAAAGUCCAAAACGGACCAGAUAG